UCCUCCUCCUCUUCAUCCUCCCCUCCUCCAAGCGUGUGUCCAGCGCUGCGGCUUUCAUUUCAUUGUUCCAGAGGAGUUCAGAUGCUUCCCUUUCUCAUGUUAAUCAGCUGCUGCCUCUCACUUCACUACAUGCGGCUUCUCCAGGAUGCAGAGGGAGCUGAGAGCACCGCGGGAUCAUUCAGAAAGUUCCUAAGUUCCGCCCAGCACCACGCCAGAUCCACGUUAUUCACAGAGUCGUCGCAUUUCGGGGGGAAGGAGCGCGUGCACACCAGGGCACGCAAACUUUUUUUUCAGGAUUUGUUUUAGUUUCUAAAGGGACAUCAUUCAGUGAUUUUGCUUUUUACGAACCAAAAAAAAAACAAAAAAACAGAUGCACGUUUGUUCGCUCACUUUAACCUCACUCGUUCGCGGAGAAUUUAGAGAAAGUUUAAAAGGCUUCGUUUUUUUACGCUUAGCGACAUGUCCGCGUUCGUGCUGCGCGUCGUGUUCGCGUUGCUCUGCGUCCACGCGACGCGCUCUGCGUCGUGUCCUGCAGGCUGCGAAUGCUCGGAAGCUGCACAAACUGUGAAAUGCGUUUCUAAAGAUCUUCGGGACAUACCGACCGGCAUUCCUACCUACACAAGGAAUUUGUUUAUCACAGGCAACCACAUUAGCCGAAUUGGUCCGGAGUGUUUCAAAGGGCUGGACAAUGUGACAACGUUAUCACUCAGCAACAACAGAAUAUCCGAAGUGGAGUCUCGCACCUUCUCCAGUCUGCGUAACCUCAGAUCAUUGGACCUGAGCAGCAACCAGCUGGUGUUAAUUCACCCAGAGGCCUUCAUGAUUCACAACCACACGCUGAGAGAGCUGAAUUUCAGUCGAGCACUCUAUAACCACUCUUCAGUCACCAACCUGUCCACAGCUCUGCGCUGGAGCAGCCUGAACGGCCUGCUAGGGCUCGACCUGUCCAGCAACGGCCUGAUCUUUCUUCCCCCUCACAUCUUCUUCCAUAUGAACAACCUGCGCCGGCUUCAGCUAGCCAACAACUCCAUAGUAUCUGUUACUAAUGAGACUUUGCUGGGUUUGGAGCACUUAGAAGAGCUAGAUCUCAGCCACAAUGCUCUGAAAACCUUCAGCAAGGAAGGCUUGAUGGAGUUGGAGCGCGUUCCAAAAGCAAAGCUACACCUCGGGCAGAACCCGUACACGUGUACCUGUGGAAUCGAGCCGUUCAUCAUGUUGCUAAACGCCUCACAGGAACGUGUCGUAGAUGCCGAGCAGCUAGUUUGUGUCUUCCCGGUUGAACUGCGCAACGUUUCUUUACUGCUGGCGAGAAAUUUGGUUCUCGGAUGCCAUCACGCGGAGGAGAGCAACAACCUGGCGCUGCAGACGUCCUACGUCUUCCUAGGCCUCGUGCUGGGUUUUGUGGGUCUAAUGUUCCUCUUUGUGCUGUACCUGAACAGGAAAGGGAUCAAGAAGCGCAUCUAUGAAACGCGCGACGCCUGCAGAGAGAUGUGGGAGGGGUAUCAUUACCGAUACGAGAUCGACUCCGAUCCCAGGCUGUCACAACUGUCCACGAGUGCGGAUGUGUGAUUUCGGACUACUGGUACUUUGACCCAAGUUCUUCCAACCUGAACUUCUAUAACAUUUGUAAAUAAGGACAAUGUCGUUUCAACAUUUUAGCAACCACUUCAGCUUGACCAUUUCCACCACAUUUUCCUAAUUAGUUCUAAGAGAGUUCUAAGAGAAACACAUUGUUCGUUCUGAUCAGACCUAGUAAGCAUUCAUUACUCUGGAAAGGAAGUCAUACUAAAAUCUGUUCUAGUCUGUGUUGUGCUUGCAUUUUUUUCCCUUUUUUUCAUCGAAUCAAAGAGCUGGACCACAAUCAGCGAGGCUGUGGAGCCCACUCUGCCCCUUUACCCACAGGGAGCUUGUGAAGAAUGUGGUUUCCUUCCUCUACAAAGCAUUCCAGUGUGAGGAUAACCUCCUCUAAGCUUACCACGGAGCCACAGAGAAACACACUUCCUUUGUAUCAGAUAAACAGAACGAAAGAAAUGGAAAAGAGGAAGAAAGAAGACCAGCUGUGGAAAUCUCUGCUCCUCAUUUUUUUUAUUUCUCUCAUUUUUAUUGUCAGAUUGAUAAAAACCAGCCCUGCUCAAGGGUUUCCUGGAGACAGCUGUCGGCUGUUUGAAGGCCUCCGAGUGACCGCAGUGGCUUCUUGUGUUUAGGAGAUUUUUACAGUGAUACGAUGCAGAUGAUCACGUGUUUUCUAUGUAAAACGUAUGGGACUAAACAUUCCAAAAAGCCAAAAGCAUGAGCUUGGAUGCUAUGUACUCACUUUAUAAACAAUUCCUAGUCACAGUUCGGACAUUUUUAAACUUCUGUCUGAACUAAACCACUUCGGGUGACGUAACUUUAUUUAAAUGUAGGAUUAGGUUUAGUCUCUGUCUCAGAGACUUAUCUGGCUCCAGCUCCAUAAAACAUCCAUUUUUACACAAAAUGUUCCUCUGUGCCUGAAGCUCCUCUCUGUCCUCCGUAGUUGUUCAGUUCUGGAUGAGAUUUUUUAAAGAGCAUCUCCAAAAGAGAAAUGAAAGUUAAUGAAUAUUUUUUAUUGUUUGUAUGUAUGUCCUGAAUUGAAUGAAGGAAAUGAAGCACAAAGAUCUUAAUAAAAUCUUAAA